AUGUCCUUCCGUCUCACCCCCAGCAUGAGCACCCUCUCCCUCAGCCUCCCCCACCCCCUCCACCGCCGCCCCGGCGCCCAAUCCCCGGGCCCCUCCCCGCGCUCCCCGCGCGCCCCGCACUCCCACCUCACAGCGCCCCGGCGCCUCAUGCGCAAGCUGCGCUCCUACGUCACGCCGCGCAAGCUGCAGCGGCGCUACCUCGAGAAGCGGCUCUACGGCGACUCCUACGACUUUGAGAGCAGCGCCGACGACGACGACGACGAGAACGACGACGGCUUCGUCGUUGUCGCGGUGCCGAGGUGGACGGGCAGUCUGAGGGUCAGGGGCGAGAAGAGGGCGGGCGUGGCGGCGUGGGAGGUGGAGUCGAGGAGUAGGAUGGUUUAG